AUGUUCUUCGAGAAGACUACUCUUUGGUUCUUCCGAAUCGCACAAUGGUGUCUUUGUGUCUCGCUUCUCGGUAUCUCGGGGUACCUUGUCAACGAGUACGCCAAAGCUAAUUCUCGGGUUCCACCUGAAAUCUGGUUGCCUUGCAUUACCUCUGCCUUCGCGAUUUGUAUCUUAUUCUACUCAAUCACCCUCCUGUGCUGUCUCGGUCGUCUCCUCCUCCACAUCGCCGCCUUCUUCGAUUUUUGCUUCAUGGUCACCUAUAUCGCUGGUGUCGUCCUGAACCGUUACAACUUCCAUCAAGACGGUACCCAGAACCGAACAUGGCAGCAUUUGACAUGGACCAGACAACAAGCUGGUAUUGAUAACCAUGCCAAUAAGAACUUGCCAUUGGUCAAGGCGCUGGCUGGACUUACAACCACGUUGAUGGUUUUGUAUAUCAUCACGACUUUGUUGUGUAUCAAUUUGGCGAGGUUGGCUGAUGAGAAGCACGAGGAGAAGACCGGACACAGAAGGAGAUCUUCUAGCCAUGUUUAG